AUGUUCGAUGAAGCAUGUGAACAUAGUCCAACAGGGCAUAUCACUACUGAUCCUGAAGACCUGCUUGGUCGUCGUUACAAACGAGGAAAUUCUGAAUCAGUUCGACAUCUUUCGGUACGAGUUCGUGUUGCGGAAGAAGAAAUUAAAAAAUAUCGAUUGCAAAAUGAAGUCCUGAAGAAAACCGUCACAAAAAUGACCAAAGAAUUAUAUGAUAAGCAAUGUGAGAUAGAAAGUUUACGGAAAGCAUUCGAACAACAAAUUGAUGAUCUUCAACAUCAGUUAUCAAAGAAGGAACAUGAGGAUAAAAUAAGCAAAUUUGAAACUGUAAUGUCGCUUUUACAAGGUAGUUCAGGUCCUUUCAAGACAUAUGAACCUCCAUUUUCAUUUCUUGAUGAACCGAAACAGGAGACGGUGAAUGCAGAAGCUCAGACAGAUGAUUGGAUGCUACGAUUUGUACAAAAGUCAAUUAAUGCAGCAGUUGCUGGACCUAGCAUAAUUGUAAAACAUUUGGCUGCUAAUGAAAAUAACAGUUCCGAAAGAUAUGAAAAACUGACAGAAGAAAUCGCAAAGCUGGAGAAUGAGAAAUUUUUUCUGAUUACGCAGCUAAAAUUAACCAGAAACAAACUGGAAAGUUUCGAACUGCAAGAAGCGCAAAAAAUGAGUUUGGAAAAUCGACUGGUAAUUCUGACCGAAAUGAAUGAAUGUCUUGUUAAAGAGAAUGAGCGUAUUAAAGAAAUAGCCGCAUCAAAAAUGGCUGGAGACAGUGGCACGAUGGAAGAGAAGCGUAAAAUUAUUGAUUUAACAUUAAAGUGUCAGGCAAAAGUGGAUGAGUUACAGAUAGAAUUGGAUUGGAAGUCACAGAAAUUGCAAGAGCAACUACAAAUCAAUCGGGUUUUGUCAACAAACUUGGAAAAUGUGAAAGAGCAAUUAAGUGCAGGGGAUUGCGAGGUUGUGGAUGUAAUUGGAAAUGGUGCGGAAAUUUUAAAAAGAUAUGAAAAUGAAAUCAAUGAAUUAAAAAAGAAGCUCGCUCAAUAUGACGAAUUGCCUGAUCCAUCUGUAAAAAUUUUGCACAUGAAGAUGAAUCCUCUGCAGACAGCUCAUCAGGAUUAUAAAGAAUUUCAAGCUAAGAAAAAGCGAAAAUUGAACGAGUCUUUACCCUUUUUGAAUGAAGAUAACGAUAAUUUGAUUCCUACAUUACGGAAAAAGCAGCGUACUGAGAUGACGAAACAGUUAGCAGAUAUGCAAUUCCAAUUACACAAAGUAAAGAAAGAAAAGGAGAGAGCUCUAAAAAUACAGAGUAAUUUGGUUAAAAAGUAUCGCGCUUUUGUGACUGCUCUCUCCGGAUUACAAAUAAAAAUGAAAGAGGAUGAUCUGGUACAGGUUGAAAGCAUUUUUGAUCCGGGAAAUUAUUUUAUUUUCAAGGUGCAUGAUUAUGGAAAAACGAUUAGUUUAUUGGAAACAGAUUAUGCGACUCAGUGGUCGGCACAAAUUCGUGAAUAUCUGCAAGGGAGAAAUUCAACUCCCGCUUUUUUAGCAGCUAUUACCUUAAUACUUGAUGAGCGAGCUGAAAGCACAACUACUAUGCCAUUUUAUCCCUCUGAUUAA